AUGAAAUCUCAAUAUCACAACUGGCUGAUGCAAACUGGUCAGGAAGAGAAGGCAGGCGACGUGGCGUUGCGAAUUGCGAAAGACCCCGAAACGGCGGUGAAGUGCUUCAUGAACGGUGGCAUGCCGUUCAAGGCCGCUGGCGUGAUUGCGUUACACGAGAACGCGGCCUUCCGUCCUGGGUUGUUGGAGUCAGUGGCCGAGGCUCUGACUGCAUGCGGACUCCACGAGAAGGCUGGGGACAUCUACCAGAGACUCGGCGAGACAAAAAACGCUGUUUUGGCGUACCGCAAAGGCUCUGCCUUCAAGAAGGCUGUGGAACUUUCGAGAGAGGUUCGGCCCUCAGAUGUCGUGGAGAUCGAGGAAGAAUGGGGGGAUUGGCUGCUCGGGCGACAUGAGCCCGACGCAGCGCUGAACCACUUUCUGGAGGCGGCGUGCUCGAGGAAAGCCGUCGAAGCCGCGUUGAAGGCAAAGCAGUGGAAAAGAGCCCUCGAGUGUCUCCAAGAUUUGAUCGCCACAGAAGGCGAAGACACAGCCAGGCCGUACCUCCUCGACUUGGCCAAGACGUUCACUGCGAUGGGCAGUCUUUCAGAAGCCGAACGAUGCUUCUGCCAAGCUGGUUGCAGCAAAGAUGCCGUCGUGAUGUAUGUGGAAGCGGGAUUCUUGGACCGAGGCUUGAAGCUCGCCUCGGAACGUCUCUCUGCGGCCGAACGCAGGGUAGUCGUCAUGGAGAUCGCGCAAAAUCUUGAAGAGCGAAGAAAGCUCGAGGAAGCGGAGAAGGCGUACCUGUCGAUUGAGGAGUAUGACGACGUGAUAGCGAUGCACAGACGGAACGGUCAAGUCGAGGAAAUGCUCCAGCGCGUCUCGUUGUACAGGCCUGACCUCCUGGAAGCGACGCACAGAACUCUGGGCGAGGAGAUGGAGGCGGCGGGGAACCUCGACGAAGCGGAGCAAUUCUACACACGUGGCGGCUUGUGGAGGCUCGCCGUCGGCAUGUACAGACAGCUGGGCAAGUGGGAUGCCGCCGCUCGCGUUGCUCGAAAAGAAGGCGAGGCGGCGCACAACGAAGUCAUUCGGGCUCUCGCCCAAGAGACAGUUGCCGCGGAGGGCCUUUCGGCCGCUUGCCAGUUGCUCUUGCAGCACCAGUUUCCGGAGGAUGCAGUCAAGCUGGCCCUAGACGCCGAGGACUUUCCUUUGGCUCUUCAUAUCGCCGAAACUUCCGCGGAACACAUGCUAGAAGCUGUGAACCUUCAAAUGGCGACGGUGCACGAAGAAAAGGGCGACUGCUGCACGGCAGAGAAGCACUUUGUGAGAGCUGGGAGGGCCACCGAGGCAAUUGAGAUGUACAGACACCUGGGCGCCUGGGAAGAUGCAAUCCGCGUCGCCUCUGCCCACGCUCCCGACACCGUUUCAGACCUGCUCGUUUGCCAAGCAAAAAGCCUCGCCAGCGAAGAUGACACCAAGGGAGCGGAGCGUCUGUUUGUCGAGGCCGAGCGCCCAGAUUUGGCAGUGAACAUGUACCUCUCGAAGUGCAUGCAGACGGAAGCAAUGGCCGUCAGCAGAGAGCAUUGCCCACAGCUAUUGCCGGAACUCGUGAAAAGAACGGCGUGUGCCGAGGGUGGACCGAAAACUGCAGCGGAGCUCAUCGAACUGGCAAAUGCGUUUGAGGCUGCAGGGGAAGUUGAUGCCGCCAUCGACGUCUGUUGCAGCGCAACUUCCGCCAUGGUCCCUGACAAUUCGCUGUUGAACAAGAUUUGGUUGACCGCUGUAAAGUUGGCGGAAACGAAGGCGGCGCAUCGUGUCAAAGGCAUCUCCGCGGAAGUGGCAAGAAAAAUGAUUGACGCGUCUGGUCCCUCUCUAGACGUCGCCAGGCUCUUCCAAGCAGCCGGUCGGGCAGCCGAAGCCGUGAAAUGUCUCGUGGCGUGCGAAGAGUGGGAAAAGGCCCGUGAGCUGGCGGCUGCAGUUGCGCCCGAGUGUCUCCCUUUCGUCGACGAGGCUCGCAGACAGAAGCUGAUUUCUGCGAGAGAUAUCGCAACCCUUCUUGCGAUCGGCGAUGGCCCAGCAGCCAUCCAAGUCGCUGCAGAAGAGGGGACCUGGGAUGCCUCGCUCUCGCUCGCGAAGGAAUGCGCACCUGGAGUGGUUCCGCAAAUCGUCAACGCCUAUUGCCGGGCUCUGAUUCGAGAGAAGCGGGAAGACGAGGCUGCAAACAUCUUCCUUCAUUCUGCAACUACUCUGAGCAGUGAAGGCAGGCUGCUGAUUUGCGAGCUCGCUCAGAGUCUCUACAGCUCUCUGCAUGCAAGUGACGAAGACCGAGCGCGAUGCCUUCCCCUGGUCAAACGCCUUCUGAUGAAGCUGUUUUCUUCCACACGUGGAGAACGAGAAGGCGAACAAAACGAAGGUCUGGCGCUGAGCAUCGGCAGAGUGCAGAGAGAAGCUGAUCGGGCCGAGGAGAACGAGGAGAAACAUCGGAGAGUUCUGCUCCUUGUUUCUCACUAUUUAUCUGUUCUUGACAUAGCGGGAAAACACAUUCAAGAGGACGUGAAAGAAGCUGCGGCGAAAACCGCUGUCGCCAUUCUGAGGCACGCAAAAGAAUUUCGCUCCGACGAGGCCUUUUACAGGGCUGGGCAGCACUGCAGGAAAGCUGGGUGGACGGGCAUGGCUUUCUUCUUCUUGAAUCGAUAUCUUGACAUUGCCGACGCGAUCGAUGAGCCUGGCGGCACCUCGCUUGCCAGCUCCGAUUUUGAACUUACAGACAUUCCCGCUCCGGAAGAACUCCGCAUUCCCGAAACGCACUCCCUGUAG